AUGUCAAAUCAGCGGGCCUUGUCCUCCCCCGAGGAGGGCGAACCACAGGUCGCGGAGGCUGCCAGCGGCGCGGGCGACGCAGGCGGCAUCCAGCUUUCGUCCGAGCAGGCGAGAUUGCUGCUGCAGGCCAUCUCGCGCAUACCCCAGCAGUCCAACGACACGGAAGUCGCGCAGCUUCUCGCGCUGCUCAGUGGCUCACAGGCGCCAGCGCCUGACGCCCCCACUGCAACACCUGCACACGUCACUUCAUCUACGGCGCCCUCGGCCCUUGAGCAGCUGAACGCGGCCAUCCGCGGGACAGCUCCUGCAUCCACAGCGGAUCCCAUCCCAGAAGGCAAGCUGGGCCAGGGUCACGGGGCGGGUCCUGCCCGCAGUGAUCGCCCGCGGGGCGCACAUCCGUCCCCCCGCGACGGCUCGGCCCGUAUUUCCGGCUCCGGCUCAGGACGCGACGCCCCUGUAGUACCCUACACCGCUCCGGGCGAUUCGGCAGGGCGAGUCUCCGCGGGCAAGGCGCCCGAGGCCCAGCGCAAGCAGCGUCGCGAGGACCGCUCGCCGACCGACCCCGGCGUCAGCGCCGGGAACCGCGACGCGAGCCCAGCGCCGCGCAAGCGGCACGCGCCGAACCCGCCCGUCGCCCGAAGCGCCGACGUCGACCCCUACACCGAACGCUUCUUCCCUGGCGGCAACGAGGGUUGUGGCGCCUUACCGGUGGGCCCGGGCGCGGUGGGCGUGCCCCAGCCCUCCGCGGCGCAGCCCACUCCGGUGCUCUCCCACGACGAUCUGGAGGUGCUGCGGGAGAUCAUCAGCCUCCCGAUAAUGGCCGCGGUGCUGGGCCCGGUGCGCGAGACGAUGGCGCUGCCGCCGGACGCGAUCCUGCGCACGAUCGCAAACCUUCCCUCGCAGCUCCUGCCGCAUAUACCGAUGGCGCACCUCUCCGCGCUCUCGCGCAUGCUGCCGCAGGACCCCACAGCAUCCGCGGCGGUUACGGCGCCGCUGCCAGCAGCGCAGGUCCUCCCCGGGCCGAUGGAGCUGACGGCCCCCGGUGCGCUCUCCAGCGCGCUUCUCGGCCUUGCAGCGCCACCGGCGAGCUUCGGGGCCUCGACAACCCCCCUGCAGGCCAGCCAGGUCGUCCACCCAUCGCUGCCGCCGGUGACGCUCGGCUCUCAGCCUGCGGCCUACCCCGGCCUGGCGCUGUCCGCCCCGCCCGCGCUGCCUCUUCCAGCGUCGGUUCCGUGGCCGCCGGCGCCCGCGUUCCCGCGCUCGGACGCCUUGCCGCCCUCGGCACUGCCCCCGCACGUCACUGCGCCGGACACGGGGUCACCGGCGUCUGCCGGCACGCAGUCGCCGGGCAACUCGCAUGACACAGGCCUCGACGUACCCCAGCGGCACGGCGAGAUUCGUGGGCGCGUACCGUGGUCGAAGGAGGAGGACGACGUGCUGCUGUCUGUCAUCGGGCGGUUCGGCCCGCAGAACUGGCGGCUGAUCGCGGCGGUGCUCAACCAGGAGAUGGAAGCGCAGCUCACGUCGUUCCAGCCCCGGUCGGACCGGCAGUGCCGACAGCGGUGGACCAACAACCUGGACACAAGUCUCCGGCGCACGCCCUUUUCGCCCGAAGAGGACGAGAUCAUCCUGGCGGAGCAAGCUCGCCACGGCAACAAAUGGGCGCAAAUCGCUCGCGCGCUGCCUCCCGGGCGCACGGGCAACCAGGUGAAGAAUCAUUGGUACACACGUCUAAAGGAAGUGUCGGAGAAGCGGGGCCUGACGCGCGCGGAACCCGUUCACAUCCCCCCCGCGCUGGCUCGCCUCGUCCGAGGAGCCCCGACGCAUUCGGCCCCCGCGCACGUCGUGUCGCAGCCACUGCCGCUCACGAUCAACGCGCAGCAAAGGCCCGCGGACGGCUGGCUCCCCCCGCCGCUCCCGUCUUGGGGCCGGAGGGUGCAGGCCCCUGGUGAGGGCGUGCAGCAGCGCCGCACGCCGCUGUCGGCCUUCCCCCCCAGAAGCCAGGCACCCGCGCCCGCUGCCCAGCCCGGUGCGCCUGGGCACGACAGCGUGGCAUCCGCCAUCAUCGCGUUGUCAAAUCAGCAACAGCAGCAGCGGCAGCGUGGUAGCGACUCCGAAGAGGAACCGUCGCAGCCAUGA